AUGGAGAACUAUUCAACGGCUUUUAUCUCUGGGACUAUUCAUUUUAUAGAGAAGAUUGCAGAGUAUUUCCCUUUGCAAACCACUGUCCAAGGUAUGCUAGGGAUUUUUGAGAGAUUGUUUGGUCUCGUCUUUAAGGAAAUGGUUGUCGACAAAGGCAGUGACAUUGUUUGGCAUGAAGAUGUGCUGGACGAUAAAGACCUAGGAAGUGGAUUCGUUAGCUACCUCUACAUAGACCUGUUCUCACGAGACGGUAAAUAUCCAAACCCAUCGGAUUGGAAUCUCCAGCUAUUCCCUAAGCCUAGCCCUGAUAAACCCAGUCUUCUCAGACAUGAUAACGUUGUAACGAUAUUUCAUGAACUGGGACACGCUAUCCAUGACCUUAUGGCAAAGACUACUUACUCAACUUUUUAUGGUACAAAAUCAACGGAAGACUUUGCAGAAGCGCCUAGCCAGAUACUUGAGAACUGGUGCUAG